GCCAAAGGAAAUCAAGCUUGGAGGCAUAUUUCAUAUAAAUGAUGAGCAAACCGAUAACAUUGAACAGCUAGAGAAAUUAAAACAUUUUAAUAAUUGGAAAAUUAUUGAACAAAAUGACUUAACACCAUUAUUUACGUUAUUACCAAAGAGCCUUAUAUCAGAGAUACAAAAGGUUAACGGAAUGAAAAUAUUAUAUCAUAGUAAUUUAUCCGUUCAUAUGCCAAAAGGCCACAAUAUUUUAAUUCAUCAUAUUCAAAAACCUUUAGAAAUUCAAACAUUUAAUAAUGUUAAGAUUUUUGCCUCCGUGAUUGUAUUGAACAAAAAAAGACCAUAUCGUAACGUGUUUGUAGUUAGGGUCGAAUAUAAUGAUGACGAGAAUCCAUAUAUAGUAAUACAUCGUAUUGGACCGGCAAAAAAAACUUUUAAUAUUUUCAUUCCUUAUAUGCUGGUCGGUUAUGAGGAAGAACUACCAAUUGGAAAAAUUCAAGAUGAUGCAAUUGCACAUGUUUGUACUGAAAAAUUUGUAUCUGACGGCAAUAAUACAAUUAAACAUCCAAAUUUAGACGGUGAUUAUUGUUGGUUAGGUUGUCCUAUACUAAAAUGUAGGGAAAAUCCUGGAUAUGAAUUUGGAAGAUCCAAAUAUGUGAUUAGUUAUCAUUUCUGCCGGCAUGAUGAAGAAAAUGACACUACGCAAUUAUGUUGCUAUGGUUAUGAUGCCCAAACCGACAAAAUUAACAAUAACGAAGCAUUAACAUUUGAAGUUAAUUGUGCUAUCUUCACAAAAAAUACUUCUGAAAUUGAAGAAAUUGUUAGGCCAACCGAAUAUGAAUGGAACAACAAAGAAUACACCAUUCCACCAUUUCGAGGAAGGCCUAGUCGCACAUUUACCGGAAAUAAAUGGGAAUUAUUUGAACACCCAAAACCUAUAUUUGCAAGUAUUCAAUAUUCCAAUAAUCCAAAUAAUCCUCUUUUUUUAAAUAUCCAUAAGAAAUAUCCGAUAGCAAAAUCUUUGAAUAAUAUUCCUGACAAAUCACGUAUUCCUAUUGGUUAUAUUGUAAUAGGUUUGGGAAAUUGCGCGAUUAAAGCUGAUAUGAGUUUAAAAAUAAAAAGGGAUAAACCUUUACCACAUUCUUCUAUUAAAAAAGAACAUGAAGAAAAAAAACUAUCAAAUUCUCCAAACAUAAUUAGAAAUACAAAGAUGGAUAUUGAUCAAACAAAAAAAAAUCGAAAUUCACGGCCUAGCGCGAUUAAUACUGAUGUGACAUAUGACCUUAAAUCGGAACUAAAAAUAAAAGACAUUGAAAAAUGCUAUGCAAAAGCAUUGGUUCCCAAAGAUAAAAAAGAAUUAUUUUUAUUGAAAAAGCAUAUAGAUAUUAAAUCAUUUCAAUCAUUGCCGUCCAAAUUGAUUGAAAUGAUGUUGACUUCUACAAACUUUUCAAGUGAUAAUUCAUCUAUAGAUGACAUUUAUCUAGAAAUUGUAUAUCCAAAAAUUGAAUUUUUUUUUGAAAAGAAAUUAAUGCAACCAACUGAUGAAAUUAUAAAAGCAAUGAUCGAUGCAUUAAAUAAUAAACGACCAUAUCAAGAAUUAAUUAAAGUAUUCAAUAUGUAUGGAUAUAUCUUGCCUCAAAAAAUAAUACUUGGAGAAAAGUUGUAUAAUGCGUCACAUUUUGUCACUCACAAAACAAUUAAUUCUGAUGAAUAUCAAUUGGAAAUUGAAGAAUCAUCUGAUAAUGGUUCAUUAAAAUUAGAUAAUCUCUUUGAUUUGUGGAAAAAUGAAUAUGGAGUGAAUAUUAAUUAUUUUAUGGCAACAAACAAGGAAGCAAUUAGUAAAGAUAUUGUUGCAAAAUGGAUAAGCGCAUGUUCUAAACACGAUUUUGAAUCAUUAAAAGUUAUUAAUCAAAGUGAAUUAUUUCCAUUAUAUGAAAUGUUUGAAGAAUCCAUUAGUCAAAAAAUAAAAUCAAUUUUGGAAAAGGCAGAUAGAAAGCAAGUACUUAUGUCAGGGAUUGUACAAGUUCAUGAUAAUAAAUAUUAUCAUAUAAAUUUUUCCGAUAAAAUGGAUAGUAGCGAAUAUCAAGUUAUUGCAAAGAUUACAAAAGUUGAUGAAACUAAUAGACAAAUAAUUGCUGCAGUUGAUGAGGCUAUUGUUGAAAUAAAGUCUACAACUAGAACUGGAUUUUUAGUAAUAAUUGAAAAUCUUGACAAACUCAACACCAAUACCCGAAAGCUAUCUAUACUAAAUGCAGGAACCAAAAAAGUUGAACAGAAUCAAGAAGACUUAUCAUUAGAGAUUCCAAAAAACACUGAGCCAAGUUCGCUAAUUAUUUUAUUAUACGAAUCAUCAUUACCUAUUCAACUGAAAAAUAAGAAUAGAAAUAAAAAUGGCAGUAUUAAAUUAAAUAUAGAUUAUAGCUUACUCAAUAAGAAUAAUGAAUUUGAAAAUAAUGAACCUACAAAUAACGAAUCCAAAAAUAAUGAAUCCAAAAAUAGUGAAUCUGAAGAUGAUGAAUUUGAAGAUGAUGAAUUUGAAAAUGAAAGUGGUAAAUUCGAAGAUGAAUCCGAAAAUACAGAAUUUGAAAUAAGUUACUUUUUUAUAACGGAUACGAGGAUAUCAAUAUUCCUUUAA